AUGGCCAUUGAUGAACAGGCUUUUCUCCUUCGACUUUCAACAAUCAAAGAAAACGAGAACAUAGAUCCUAACAUGCUAAAAGAAUUCUUAGGCUCUGGGGAUUUACCGUCCAAUUCAAAACAGCCUGCAAAUAGUUUUAAAAUUGGAUCAGGUGCUAAAACCAUGGAUGAUAACAGUCGUUUACCGGUCAGUCCAACCCCUAUAUUUCGUACAAAAAUUUCUCCAGGAGGUCCAACAAAUAAUUUAACUAGCACUCCUAUACAAGGUACUUCAGAUGGCGUACUAGCUGAUUUCUUUUCAAAUCUGCUUAAAAAGCGACCAGUUGUAAAUAACACUACUGGAGAAACGUCUACUGAGCCUCAGCUUCAACGUACAUCACUAUCAUCAGACCAAAAAGACAAACAACAAGACAACAUGGAUACAAGUGUAAAAUGUUCAAGGAACAGCAUAGAUGAAGAUGGGGAAAAACUUUUCACUAUUGAGAUUACAGAAAAACACACACAGUACGCAAAAGUGGAAACAGAUUUAAACGACAUUACCAAACAAAACGAAUACACGGAGAUUGACCAUGAAAAAGUGAAAAACGAGAGUGACGAGACAACGAAUAAUGCGUCACGAAAACUAGAAAAAGAUGAACCUCAACACAAGCAGCAACAUGACAAAACAAAAGGAAAACAAACAAAAACAAUGGAAGGAAAUAACGGACGCGAAGAGUCGGAAAAUUUAGUAAGGUACACAGAAAAAAUACAGUCAGAAAAAGAAAAUACAAAUAGGGAGUUACAAGAGACUAGUCAUCAGGACCUCCAAAAUCAAAACAAAACUCCCACUGAACUCAUAGAAAAAAUUGAUGAAGUGGAUAGUGCACAAACAUUCGACGCUCCUUUGGUCGCCUCUAUGAAUGCGUCGAAGGCACACUUAGAUCCAAUGACUGAUCAACCACCUGUUGUCGAGUUGUCACAAACAUCAGAUAAUCUGACUGACCACAUUGACACAGAGCAUCUAAACAACCAACUCCACACCUCUCCUGACAACACAAAUCCCACUGAUCUCAACGAUGAAAUCAAUGAAGUGGACAGUGCACCGAACUCCGAGUCGACAAUUGUUCCGAGUCACAUAAAUCCAUUGUUAGGACACACCUCGGGAACCAGUAUCACUACAAUUCUCAGUGACACCAUGACUGAAGGUCGUUCUGACGAGAAUCACGAACUACCUGAGACUAGUCAUCAGGACCUCCAAAAUCAAAACAAAACUCCCACUGAACUCAUAGAAAAAAUUGAUGAAGUGGAUAGUGCACAAACAUUCGACGCUCCUUUGGUCGCCUCUAUGAAUGCGUCGAAGGCACACUUAGAUCCAAUGACUGAUCAACCACCUGUUGUCGAGUUGUCACAAACAUCAGAUAAUCUGACUGACCACAUUGACACAGAGCAUCUAAACAACCAACUCCACACCUCUCCUGACAACACAAAUCCCACUGAUCUCAACGAUGAAAUCAAUGAAGUGGACAGUGCACCGAACUCCGAGUCGACAAUUGUUCCGAGUCACAUAAAUCCAUUGUUAGGACACACCUCGGGAACCAGUAUCACUACAAUUCUCAGUGACACCAUGACUGAAGGUCGUUCUGACGAGAAUCACGAACUACCUGAGACUAGUCAUCAGGACCUCCAAAAUCAAAACAAAACUCCCACUGAACUCAUAGAAAAAAUUGAUGAAGUGGAUAGUGCACAAACAUUCGACGCUCCUUUGGUCGCCUCUAUGAAUGCGUCGAAGGCACACUUAGAUCCAAUGACUGAUCAACCACCUGUUGUCGAGUUGUCACAAACAUCAGAUAAUCUGACUGACCACAUUGACACAGAGCAUCUAAACAACCAACUCCACACCUCUCCUGACAACACAAAUCCCACUGAUCUCAACGAUGAAAUCAAUGAAGUGGACAGUGCACCGAACUCCGAGUCGACAAUUGUUCCGAGUCACAUAAAUCCAUUGUUAGGACACACCUCGGGAACCAGUAUCACUACAAUUCUCAGUGACACCAUGACUGAAGGUCGUUCUGACGAGAAUCACGAACUACCUGAGACUAGUCAUCAGGACCUCCAAAAUCAAAACAAAACUCCCACUGAACUCAUAGAAAAAAUUGAUGAAGUGGAUAGUGCACAAACAUUCGACGCUCCUUUGGUCGCCUCUAUGAAUGCGUCGAAGGCACACUUAGAUCCAAUGACUGAUCAACCACCUGUUGUCGAGUUGUCACAAACAUCAGAUAAUCUGACUGACCACAUUGACACAGAGCAUCUAAACAACCAACUCCACACCUCUCCUGACAACACAAAUCCCACUGAUCUCAACGAUGAAAUCAAUGAAGUGGACAGUGCACCGAACUCCGAGUCGACAAUUGUUCCGAGUCACAUAAAUCCAUUGUUAGGACACACCUCGGGAACCAGUAUCACUACAAUUCUCAGUGACACCAUGACUGAAGGUCGUUCUGACGAGAAUCACGAACUACCUGAGACUAGUCAUCAGGACCUCCAAAAUCAAAACAAAACUCCCACUGAACUCAUAGAAAAAAUUGAUGAAGUGGAUAGUGCACAAACAUUCGACGCUCCUUUGGUCGCCUCUAUGAAUGCGUCGAAGGCACACUUAGAUCCAAUGACUGAUCAACCACCUGUUGUCGAGUUGUCACAAACAUCAGAUAAUCUGACUGACCACAUUGACACAGAGCAUCUAAACAACCAACUCCACACCUCUCCUGACAACACAAAUCCCACUGAUCUCAACGAUGAAAUCAAUGAAGUGGACAGUGCACCGAACUCCGAGUCGACAAUUGUUCCGAGUCACAUAAAUCCAUUGUUAGGACACACCUCGGGAACCAGUAUCACUACAAUUCUCAGUGACACCAUGACUGAAGGUCGUUCUGACGAGAAUCACGAACUACCUGAGACUAGUCAUCAGGACCUCCAAAAUCAAAACAAAACUCCCACUGAACUCAUAGAAAAAAUUGAUGAAGUGGAUAGUGCACAAACAUUCGACGCUCCUUUGGUCGCCUCUAUGAAUGCGUCGAAGGCACACUUAGAUCCAAUGACUGAUCAACCACCUGUUGUCGAGUUGUCACAAACAUCAGAUAAUCUGACUGACCACAUUGACACAGAGCAUCUAAACAACCAAUUCCACACCUCUCCUGACAACACAAAUCCCACUGAUCUCAACGAUGAAAUCAAUGAAGUGGACAGUGCACCGAACUCCGAGUCGACAAUUGUUCCGAGUCACAUAAAUCCAUUGUUAGGAACUACCUCAGAGAUGUUAAACAGUUUAUUACCUGAUAGUAAUAACUCGUACGUUGGUCCUUCCGCCAUUCUAGGUAACGAAAAUAAUGUGGCUGUUUUACGUGAUAUGGCUAUAUUGGGAUCUGAUUCUACAUCCAUUGUUUUUGUUGAUGCAGGAUAUUCCGAAAAUAUAUCGUCAAAUGGUAAUUCGAUUUUGUCUGAGGAUUUUUCGAAAACUGUUACUUCAUCGACAAAUGAAGGAACUACAUCUCGUGCUUCUUCAGUGAUCAAUUCACCACUCUCCAUUCAAAAGUCCCUAGAAAGUAUAAAAAUUCAUUCGCGUUUGAAACCGUCGUCUUAUACGAACACCACAAUCCAGAAGAACAAAUCUUUACCGCCAAGCCCUAGACUAUUACAAAAACCAACAGUUAAACAAUACAUAAGUGGUUCACAAAGGUCACCUACAAUGACUGGACCGAAUUUUGGACAGACAAAUAUUUUAACGAAUACUAAAACAAAGUAUGUAAGUUCAACAAGUGCGAAUGCAUCACCUAAUCUUAUCAGAAAACCAUUAUCUUCCUUGUCAAAGAACACAGAUAGUAAAAAGUAGAACAAUUUUACUUUUAGUAUGUCACAAAAAGAAACAAUGAGAAGAAAAAGUAAUUUUUCCACAUUAUUUUCAUUACGAUCAUUAUUUUACUU